AUGGAAACGGUUCGGAGUGAAUGGUUAGAGGGUAGGCUCACACCUACUUACCUCGACGAUGCUACUGCUUCAGUUUCAACCUUAAGCUUGCAAUCGAUAAUCGACAGCGCUUCAGUUUGUGCUGAAUCUCUCUCAAAGGAUGAGCACAAGCUUCAGACAAUUAAAGUGUUCAAACAACACCAAUCAAAGCGGGAAAAGAAAAAGAAAUCUCAACAUAGCUUGCAUUCAACUGAUCUUCAGUGUGGAGAACAGCGAACUUUAGAGAAACAAGAACGUCAGAAGGAACUUAUAAUGUGGGAAGCAGAUGGCAAUGAGCUACGCCGAAUUGAAUUACAAUCUCGAAAAAGGAAUCGAGAUCGAAUGCAGAUGCUGAAAAAAUGGUAUGGUCCCGCAAAUGCGAGUCCGCAGGCAGAAAUGCAGCCAACUUUCGUAGCUACUAUGAGUCGAGAGCAUAGUGCACAGGAAAAUUUACGUCAAUUAAGGGUUGGGAAAGCAGUCCGAAGCAUGGCAGUCACUACCAUUGAAAACAAUGAAGAUCGCGAAAGAAAACAUCUUGAGAAUGAAUUAAAAAGCCGAUUAAAAGAUCUAAAAGUCAAGCUUGAGAUAUUUGAGCAGCAAGUUGAUCAGGUGACAAUACCAAUACGAGCCAAGACCCGAGCACGACAUCGACGGGUCUCAAGAGAAGCUGGACACUUGACUCCUCUUUCUAAUCGAAGAUGGCGCGCUUCAUCCGCUGCAAUUCCUCCAAAUUGGAAAGCUCUGGAUGCUAAACAAACACUUAAAACUUCGUCGUCUUCACAAAUGCUUCAAUCCUCGUUGCGUGCACAAAUGGAGAUAGAAAAAGCUUACGAUGAUGCUGAAGUCGAGCAGUUUUUGCUGUGCUAUCGAAAGUAUGCGAGACACAAGUAUGCAGCUGGGAAGUUGCAGGCGACUUGGAGAAUGUUUCGACAAAGACGAAAAUUUCGGUUAUGGCAACAACGACGAAAGCACAAUCGUCGAAUAAUUUUUAAGAUUUGGGUCAUGAUGUAUCGCGUGGGUCGUCGUGCUGUGCAGUCACUAUUAAGCAAAUAUCUUAAGGUGUGGCAACUCAAUGUAAGCGAGGCACUUCACUUUCGUGAGAUGGAGCUCGAUCUUUUUCGACAUGCUGCAACUCAGUCAAAACAUCCACGUCUGAUGUCCAAUCUUAUCUUGACCUCCAAUUACGAAGAUGACAGAGUUUGUCAACUAACUGCUAAAGGUCUUAUAAAAAAAGACCCAGCAACGACUAGAACACCGGCAUCUUUCAACACAUCUUUGAGUGCAACAAUAAAUGACGUCCAGCCAAAUGUUUUGUGCAAAGGAUGCAGGCGAGUGUAUUACUUGAGAGCUCAGCAUGUUGCUGCUCGAGCAGAAGUGCGCAAAAAGAUUGUGUAUCACGUUUUUCGACUCUGGAAGCUCGUCUACGAAGAAACUAAGAGGAAUAGUCUAUAUGCACUGCAUUGUCUAAAACGUGCAGUGCGAAUGGACUUUAGUACAAAACAGCGCUGGCCUAUCGAGAUUCUGCUCACAGCUUUCAAGAUUUGGGCGCAAUAUGCGAAAUUGACUCGGUGCAGACGUCUAGGAUUGCCACUACCAGAGUUUGUGCAGUCGAGUGUACACUGGAACUUUCGGCUUCAUAAUUAUCAAAAGCUUCAAGUUCAAAGUAUUGAGGCGACUACGAAAGCAUCAUUUGCGCGGCAUCGACGCUAUUUUAACCGCUGGUGUGCUUUUACACGCUGUGCGACUCGUAUGAAACAUGAAAUAGCGAUGGCUAGCAAUUGGUAUGAACGAAAAUUGCGGUUUAAGUUAUUCUAUCAGUGGCAAGGAGUCAUUACUGACGGGGCUAUAAUGAAGAAAUGCAAGCGAGAAGCAUUUCUUCAAUUGCAUCGCUAUGUUUGUUUCAAACGUAAAGUGCGCCCGCUACAGAAAACACUCAUCAAGCGGCGGCAAGAAUGGCUUGUAAAACGGUUCAUACGCAGCUGGAAACACUUGAUGUUUCGUGUUUGUUUUAAACGCGAACGAACUCUUUCAAAGUUUGAGAAUUGGCACCCGCGGCUAUGUCGUGUAAUAGAUAUUUGGAGAGGUGAGCGUAGCUCACAUGUAUUUUAUACGACUUUUAAAGCGUGGACUUUUUUGAUCCGUAAGCGCAAAAGCUUCCUCUCAUUUCGCUGGAUCUGCGCUCGUCAACAGCAAAGAUAUUUGCUGGGAUGUGUUUUAAACGCUUGGAAAACAGUGACAUCGAAGAGUGUUGACGGCAUUUUAAAUGAUUUGUUUGCACUGGAUGCGUGGGAUGUUUAUCGUGAAAUUUCAUUAUUUUUCCCGAUGGUGAGUUGUCGUCGAUCAUUAGAUACGAACUCUCAGUUUUCUAGCUGUGAUCAAGCUUCAUCGUUUCAAGAUGUAAACAAACGAAUCAUUGUUACGCCUGAACAUGUAUUGGAAAAUGGUGGUCCCGAUUUGUUCGCUUUAAAUGUUCAGCAUGAAUUUGUUUAUUCUCAAGACAUUCACGCUGCCAAUAUCUUUAACCAGAACAUCAUCAAAGACGACAAUGAACAAGUUUUGUGGUGGGUGACAGCACUUAUGGCUGCAGAAUUGAACACUGGAUCACGUCUUCCUUCUGAUGUUCGACUUGGUCAUUGGCAUAGCGUAUUACGUGACGAGCUAUGGCUAUAUCAGACGCACUUUUGUUUUGCGUCUGACUCGACUUUCGCACCUGCAAUUACGCAGUCUCUUGAAUUCUUGAACGCAAUAAAGACACGUCUAAAUGUAUCAUGGAAAAGUUUUUUACCGCCGUCGCAUUCAACUGAAUCACUUAAGACAGAUUUUUGUCUUCAAGAAAAGAACGACUUGAGUAUAACUAGAUCAGCGCAAGCUCGUGAAAUGGGUGAGUACGAGUCUUAUGCAAGGUUUUUGCUCACAACGACACUAGACAAUGAGGCCUGUGAAAAGGGAGUCAUAUCUAGCUUUGCGCAUUUAAUGUACUCUUCAAAUUUCGCAAUGGAUGACAUUCUUCUGCAAGUCAAUCGCCUUCAAGCCAAACGCACACGUGCCGAACGCGAGGUGUGGGAACUUUACCAAGACCUUCAGCGUGCUGAGAAGGAUUGGAGCAAGCUGUUGGAUUUGAAAACAGUUAAUCAUGUGAGAAUGUUGCGACUUUGUUCAGAUGGCAGCUACACCGACUUUUUUUUUCGAGUUGAACUCUUUCAGCUAACUUUCGAGGAAUUUCUUGCUACGAAGUCCGACGAAUGCAAGAUCAAUCAGCAGAUAGCGCUCAAUCUCGAAGCAAACAAUUUGUUAGUAAAGGCAAAGCAGAGAUUGCAAAAGAUCGAAAAGAAGGUCGAACGAGCUCAAAGUGAGCUCAACAAUAAUCAGCGUGCUCAUCUUGAGGCAAUUUUUGCUUCUGAGCGGACAGUAGAAGAAUUUUGCCUGACGCGACAAGCUUUUGAAAAUUCGCGGCUCCGAAUCGCAAUGGUAUUGAUAAAAUACAAUGAAGCCAAAGCCGUCCUUGCACGUUUAGAACAUGCAAGACAAGUUUUUCAAAUUGAUCAGCAGGAUUCUGUAUUAAACAAUGUUUGUCCGACAAAAGACCUACCUCAUUCUGCGCCAGCACAUUCGUUGCAGGAGCAGAAAGAGUUUUUAUUGCACGAAAAAAAAGAGUUCGCCAACUUGUAUCAAGCUCUUACAAAAGUGAAAGAAGAUCACGAAGUUACCAGAUUUCAACAGGUUGAGACACGGCCACUACCAAAAAAUCUUCGUUACCUUCAGAAAAAAAUUGACCUGAAGCUGCACCAGCUAUUUCUGCUGCAUAUGAUAUGGUCUUGUUGCUGUUGGCUUGCAGAAAAUUUGAAAAUGAUUGCGAGAGACGAAAACAGCGUCGAAUGCGAGAAAGACAAUAAUGAUCGCAGCCUGCUUCAGGUUAAUAAAUGUGAGCUACCAGAGAAGAACACUACGAGAUUAUGUAGUAAAGUUGCGGCCUUCACUGCUGAGGAUCCACUUCGACACGAUAGUAGCAUCUCAAAGUCGACGCAAGAUGUCGAGAUGAGUGUUUUUCAAUCUGCUGAAGAUCUAGCGACUAAAAAGAUGGCUGCGGCAUAUACAGCAAGCACCAAGCUUUUGUUUGUCGAUGAAUAUUGUGUUCUAGAAGCAAACGAGCAUGGAGGAGCGAGUCGUACGGAUAAAAAAGCUGUUGCGGCAAUUCGUGAGCUUAGCACAUGCACGGGUGAUCUCGAACAGGUUUCUAAGUACACAACAAUGUGCGACAAAAAUGCUCGGGUAGAGUCUCCUCCUGUGCUUCUGACGAUGAAAAUCCGACGUAAUCGAAAAAAAGAAGAGCUUCAGCAAGCAAUGAUGCAUCGAAGGCUUCACCGCAGAGAUCACAAGCUUGACAAUAAAAGCGACAGUGAAGAUGAUUUGGUCUCACAGCCCCAAAUGUCUGUAUUGCCAGUAAUCGAUGGCACUGAGCUUUUCUUUGCCAAUUUUGUCCUUGGUGAUGGUGAAAUUCCGUCUUGUCCGUCUUUAGAGUCCCCUAGUUCGUUACAGACAAAUACUGCGCGAGAUAUUGAGGCCAUUUGGAAACGUGGAGGUGUAAAGUCAACAAAUAAUUCAGCUCUAAGCAUUAAAAAAGUCUUGGCUCGUCACACAAUCAAGGACAAACAGCGACCAGGAAGCCAUCGUCAAGAAUUAAUCAUGCGAAAAUUUUUACGGUUGCCUGAAGACGAUCGAGAAACGCAAAUUGCCUUAAUUGGUGAAAGCAUUGACGUCGCCGCUAUGGACUUUUCUUAA